GACACGAGAAGAGAAGCGCCUUCCUCCGCCCAAUCGCGAGAGAGAGAGAGAGAGAGAGAGAGAGCGAGCGAGAAGAGAGAGAAGCGAGAGAGGAGAGGAUGGAGGCGGCGACGGUGGUAGAGGCGGAGAAGGAGCGCGAGGCAACGGAGGAGGCGGCGGAGGAGGUGGCGGAGGCGACGGCGCCGGCGAAGAAGAACCGGAUCCAGGUCUCCACCAACAAGAAGCCGCUAUACUUCUACGUCAAUCUCGCCAAGAGGUACAUGCAGCACAACAAUGAGGUUGAGCUUUCUGCACUAGGCAUGGCAAUUGGCACUGUCGUCACUGUCGCCGAGAUCCUGAAGAAUAAUGGCCUGGCUACCGAGAAGAAGAUCCUGACAUCCACUGUUGGCACCAGAGAUGAGGCCAAGGGCCGCCUCGUCCGCAAAGCCAAGAUUGAGAUACUACUUGGGAAGUCGGAGAACUUCAACAGCCUCCUAUCUACUAACAAGGCGGAUCGCAUCAAGGCUGUUGAACAGGAAAUCAAGGCCUGACGGUGCAUCAUUGUCAUGCUGCGCCCCGCACCAUUUACUCAUGUUUCUUUGCUUGGAUGUAGAGAGUAUAGGGGUAUCCAGUCGGUGCGUUCUGACUUGGGAAAUUUAGCUAUAGCAGAAUAGUAGGUUUUCUUCUUCCCUCUUCUGAGCCUCUGCUCCCUUUCAAGAUCUUAAAGAAGCGGUUUAGAGCUGGGAUCUUUUCUUCUUUUUUUUUCUCUUUCCCAUACUUGUUCUAAUGUUCAACUGAAACUCUAUAUAGAUUCUGGAAACUUGUGUCUGUACGAUGAAGAAUUUUUGACUUUCCACUGAUCUCAAAUGCUACUGAGGUUGGUCCUUAUUUUUGCUCGUGUUGAAA